UUGUGUUUGCACAGUUUUGUCAGUUUCCACAUUAAAAAAAAAAGUCUACAUUUGUCCAAAAUGCUGAGAAAGAAGAAAGCAUCAGCUAGUAUUACAACAUGAGGUGACACUAGUGCACUGUUUCUAACCUGCUGGACUCUAAAAUGGCUUAUUCGACUAUUUGACUGCUUGGAGUAUCACAAGUCAAUAACUAAAACUAUUUAUUGGUUAGAGUGACAUUACUCCAGAGAGUAUGAAGCAAAUCUGACAUGGUCAAUCUGGAACACUUUUUGUUUUUUGUUUUUAAACAGGUGAUUUGAGGUGGAUUUACACUUGGGUCAAAAAGUGUAUUUCGGUGCUAGUGUGUCUGGCACCAACAACCAUGCCACAGUUAAAGUCACAAAGAUCACAUUUUUCCCUCAUUCUGAGGUUUAAUGUGAACAUUAACUGAACCUCUUGACCUGUAUCUGCAUGAUUUUAUGCAUUGCGCUGCUGCCACAUGAUUGGUUGAUUGCAUAACUGCAUGAAUGUGCAGUUGUACAGGUGUUCCUAAUAAAGUGGACGAUGAGUGUACACACAGGCACAGACUUGCCAAGCAUUCAGAGUCGGUUACUUUAGUUCACUAUAAUUAGUUUUUUGACUCAUUGUGUUUUGAUUAUAGGUGUGGCAUUUUUGGAGGGAUAUAAUAUAUCUAUAAUAAUCUGACAUUAUAAAAUGUCGCUCUGUAAUCUGUAAACUACUUUAAUUGAUGGAUUUUUAACCAUUCGGGCCUUUAUUUUUAAAAGUCAACGUAAAUAAGAUUGUUUUGAACCUCAAAAAUAAUUACUGUGUUUUUGGAAAUAAUAAUAAUAAUAAUUUGUAGUUCCUUAACUGUUCAGUAAUGAAAGUUCAAUAAUAAUCAUUUUAUUCUGUAGUAAUCAAUAGUAAUCAAUAGUAUUCUGCAUUAUUGAUGCAGAAUAAUGUAGAAUGGUCUCCUGCGAUUGAGAGUCAGCAAUAACCUUGCUUCCCUUGUGACAUCAGCACUGGGAGGAGAAAGAUACAGAAUAAAGUGGUAAACACACACACACACAAGCUUCAACACUUCAGCACAGAAAAGCAGUGUAGCUACACUGUGGAGUGUGUCAGUGUAUGUUGUAAAGCUUUUGAAAGAUACACACAACUUCCUCACAUCACUAGAGCUGGCUCGUUUUGAUGGCUAAGCCACUAAGGAGGAACCUCAGAACUGAAAGAAGGUUACAUUGGACAGAAAGCAGAGCAGAAAAAGCUGGCAAGGCGAGCUGUUUCCCAUCCAAAUCUCUUGAUGAAGAGGAGGCUUGUGUUGGGGUGAAGAUUGCUGAGGCACAAGAUCUUGGCAGUAGGUCUGCAGAUCGAGCCAGUCGCAAUGAGAAGCCACGUCAGGGAAGCAGAGCAAGCAACAGAAGCUCCUCAGGAGUAAAUGGAAAAGGUUCAAGACGCCAGCUUCCUCGGCAUAUCAAACCAAAAGUGCCUCCUAAGCCAGCACACCUCCAGACUCCGGUGACCGAGCUGUGUAAGCCGCUGGGCAGGAGCUCACCCUUUAGCUCCAAAAUGGAGGAGGGAGGAGGAAAAGGCAGAGUGUCUGACCUCAUCAGCCGCUUUGAGGAAAACAGAAACACAGACAGGAGGGACAGCUCUCCUCAGAAACACUCAGCCAAACCUGCUAAGUGCAGUCCGGUACACAAGAGCUGCCAGAUAGCGACGGAUACUAAAGAGCAGACUCAGGACGGCAGCACCAGUCAUGACCUCAUGCCCUCUACCAAUGGAGUGUUAGGUCAGAUGGACAGAAACGGUGAUGACAGCGGAGCUGUGAAACCAGACGGCGAAUCGCUGCUGAAUGGAGACAUGGUGGAGCAAAGUUUGGACGGGGAAGCAGACGCGUCUCAGGGUGUCAUCGAGAUGCCUGAGAAAGAGGAUGAGAGCAGAAGAAGAGAGACCGAGACCGAGAAUGACGGCAGUACAGAUGACGGGGGUAUGGAACACAAGGAGACCAACGAACAGAAGCUGUACAAAAUCGCAAAUGAGCUUCUGCAGACAGAGAAGGCCUACGUUGCAAGACUAAAUUUAUUACAGGUGUUUUAUGACACGCUGAUGGAGGAGGCAGGAAAAGGCACGUUCCCUUUGGAAGUGGUGAAGAACAUCUUCUCCAAUAUCUCCUCCAUCAAUACCUUCCACAGCCAGUUUCUGCUGCCAGAUCUGGAGAAACGCAUGGGCGAAUGGGAGACGACGCCUCGAAUCGGGGACAUUCUGCAGAAACUUACACCCUUUCUAAAGAUGUAUGCAGAAUACGUGAGGAACUUUGAUAAAGCCAUGGAGCUGCUGAAACAGUGGACAGACCGCUCGCCUCAGUUUAAGGCCAUUAUUCAAGACAUCCAAAAACAGGAAGUGUGUGGGAGUCUGACACUGCAGCAUCACAUGCUGGAACCAGUACAGAGAGUACCAAGAUACGAGAUGCUACUCAAAGACUACCUGAAGAAGCUUCCUCAGGAUCACGUGGACCGGCGGGACGCUGAGAAGUCGUUAGAGAUUAUCGCCACAGCAGCCACACACUCGAACACUGCAAUUCGCAAAUCUGAGAAUCUAAAGAAACUGCUGGAGAUUUAUGAGAUGCUGGGGGAGGAAGAGGACAUUGUGAAUGCCUCCAAUGAGUUUAUAAAGGAGGGCCACAUUCUCAAACUGGCAGCCAGGAACACUUCAGCUAUGGACCGAUACCUCUUUCUGUUCAACAACAUGCUGCUCUACUGCGUUCCCAAGUUCAGCCUGGUGGGCCAAAAGUUUACGGUGCGCACACGAAUCGGCAUCGAUGGGAUGAAGGUGACCGAGACAUAUAAUGAGGAUUACCCUCAUACGUUCCAGGUGUCUGGGAAGGAGCGUACCCUCGAGCUGCAGGCCAGCACCGAACAAGAUAAAGAGGACUGGAUAAAGGCAUUCCAAGCAACAAUAGAGAUCUUUCACCAAAAGAAUGAGACAUUUAAAAUGGCUGCUAAAGAAGUGGAGGAAGUAUCGGAAGUGUCGAUAACAGACCUGGGGAAACGAGCACCACGCUGGAUCCGAGACAACGAGGUGACCAUGUGUAUGAAGUGUAGGGAACCUUUCAACGCUCUCACACGCAGGAGGCAUCACUGUCGAGCUUGUGGUUAUGUGGUAUGCUGGAAGUGUUCAGACAAUAAGGCUCCUCUGGAGUAUGAUGGCAAUAAGAUGAAUAAAGUGUGUCGAGACUGUUACUGCAUUUUGAAAGGCCAUACAGACAGCGAGGAGAAGGAGGGCAAGAAGAAAGGCAUUCUGGAGAUCGAAGCAGCACAGUUCUCAGGCAGUAGUAUAAUGUGUGGCUUCCUGCAGUACUGUGAUAAGAAUAAACCCUGGCAGAAAGUCUGGUGUGUUAUUCCUCAGAAAGAGGCUUUAGUGCUCUAUCUGUAUGGAGCACCGCAGGACGUUAAGGCUCAGUCCACCAUCCCGCUGCUGGGUUACUCUGUAGACGACGCUUCACGACCCACCGAUCCUCCAGCCAGUUUCCGUCUGUCCCAGUCAAAGUCUGUCCACAGUUUCGCUGCUGAGAGCGAGGAACUGAAGCAGCGUUGGCUCAAAGUGAUCCGAGUGUGUGUGACAGGCGAAGUGCCCGCAAGCCCGCCACCUACAGACAUCCACGCUGCAGAGUGCAGCCGGCAGCCGAGCACAGAGAGCCUCUAAGAGGAGAACUAGAGCACACUGUUGGUGCCAAAGACACAAGGGAGACAGGAGAGGAUCCCAGAGACUACACACAGACAAAGCUCAUGUCAAUCACUCGAUGGGGCCGAGCGGUAUUACGGCCAUGCUGGAUUUAAUUUGUGAGCAAAAACAAAACAAAAAAAAACACCAAAAAACAUUGAGGCUCUCCCUCUAAAGCUGCUCUGAAACACAGCAGUCCAAAGAGAUGGUGCACACAAGUGCUUUGAAACCAAACUGGUGCUCUAGGAUGGUUGGUAAAAUGAUCAAAUAUGUAUGAAUACACUCUGAUUUCCACACAUCCACAUCAUGCAUCUCAAUCUCAGCCUCUGCUCUACAUUUUAGUGCAGGCAGUGCUGUUACUCUAGUGUGGUAUAAUAAUUUACGCAUUGUGUAUAUAUUGUUGCAUUCCGUCUGUAUGUAUGGAUAUGCCCUCACUGUCUCUUUUAUAAAGAAGUGAAGUCUCUUUUCGAUGCUGAAGAGAAGUCUGAGUUUAAAUUCAGGCUGCCUCAGUACCCUAAGAAGAACGACUAUUGUUCUUUCUAGGAUUUUUUUUUUACCACCAUAUGGACCACAAAUCACAUUUAGUUACCCGUCGCAAUAAACACGGAUCACUUCGCUGCACCUGGAGAACAGCAGGAGUCGUGAUGCCACAUUUACUAACCAGCGUCUAUAACCUCAUUCCAUCCCAGCACAUCAGUGGAAGAAUCACUCGGGCUAAAACGUUCUCCGUACAGACUGCAGGAAAUGUGCGAUGAGAGUCGUGCACUCACGUAAGCAAAGGACGUGGCAAUAACAGUAACAUGUUACAUAAGCUGGGUAAAUCCGUCCUUUAUAAUCGACUGUCUACUGAGUGGUCUCAAACUAUAGUUUUACCCAAGCUGAUGCAUGUGUUGCCUUCAGUUUUAGAAAGAAAGAAACAUUCUAAAUAUCUAUGAUAAUUAAAGGAUUAAAGGAAUACUCCAGUGUUCAUGAACCUAAGCUAUCUGUAACAUAAGUUAUCAUAAAUAAUAAUGUAGACACUUUACCCUGUACAGAGAAAUUGAAGUUUAAGGGCAGUUGUUGAAACCUGUUGAACACAAUGUAUAUGCACCAGACUCUCUCACACAUACACACACACACACACACAUACACAUACACACAAUUAUGAAAUCUGUUCACUCCGAGUUACUCAACCAGGUAUAGUGUCCUAAGAGCUUUGUUACCAUGUCAAACACCAUCUUGUAUUCUUUCCAAACAUCUUCCUGCAUGUUAAAACUAGGCUGUGUGUAAUUAAUUUACACGAAUGACUGAUUCUACAAAUUUAAAAAGAAUUUAAUCCAGUAUAGUAUACACUGUUGACCAUGAUAAGCAACAGUUUUAAAUUGCUCAUAUGAAAGUCAAUUUUAGUAUUCACUAAUGAUAUUGAUUCUAAAAUUGUUCUGGAUACACCGGGACUUUUUAUAUAUAUUUUCAUCCAAUGUUUGAUAGUUCUUUCAGUUACUCAUGCUUUGUCGCAGGUUUUAAGGUAUAACUUUUAUUUUAUAACGUUUGCCUACGGGGUCGGUGGUUUGAUUCGCACCUCUGCCCUGUGUGUGCGGAGUUUGCAUGUUCUCCUUGUGCUUUGAGGGUUUCCUCUGAGUAUUCCGGUUUCCUCCCCCAGUCCAAAGAUGUGCGUUGUAGGCUGAUUGGUGUUUCCAAAUUGUCUGUAGUGUGCGAAUGUGUGUGCGAUUGUGCCCUGCAUGGGUUGGCACCCCGUCCAGCGUGUCCCCCUUGUGCCCGAGUUCCCUGGAAUAGUCUCCAGGCUCCUCGUGACCAUGUGUAGGAAAAGCAGUACGGAAAAUAGAUGGAUUGAAAUGAUUUCUAUCCCUGAAAACAAAAGCUUAGAGCUUAAUUGACAAAUACUUAAAUUGAAGAAUCUGUGAAAGUGUUCUAUAAAAAUCUGUUUCAGAUUAAACAUUUAUAACCUUGCCUUAA